CGACUACAAAACAUGCCUCGAUCGUUCCUGGUGAAAAAAGUCAAACUGGAUGACUAUCCUUCCAACGCCAUCGAAUUGGAGAAUUCCUACAGCAGAGCAGCGCCUGACAGAGUGGCCAGUCUGACCUCCCGCCUGCACAGCACAGGUUACAUCAGUGACUACAUCAGGCCGAGCAGUGUUUACGAGGAUGGUGACACCGGCCUCCGGCUGGCCUCCCCGGAGCCCCUCUACGCGGCGGUGCCGGGGCGGGAGUGCUGCCGGCCGGAGCAGCCGGAGCAGCCGGACAGCCCGCAGGCGGGGGCCGGCUACAUCAACGGCGACGCCGCGGUGAGCGAGGGCUACAGCGUGGCUGCCUUCUUCAUCACCGACGGCCGGUCCAGACGAAGGAGGAGGGGCCCCACCCACCGGCACGCCUGCGGGGAGUGCGGUAAGACCUACGCCACCUCGUCCAACCUGAGCCGCCACAAGCAGACCCACCGCAGCCUGGACAGCAAGUUGGCCCGCAAGUGCCCGACCUGCGGCAAGGUCUACGUGUCCAUGCCGGCCAUGGCCAUGCACCUGCUGACCCACGACCUGCGGCACAAGUGCGGGGCUUGCGGCAAGGCCUUCAGCCGGCCCUGGCUGCUGCAGGGCCACAUGCGCUCGCACACCGGGGAGAAGCCCUUCGGCUGCGCCCACUGCGGCAAGGCCUUCGCCGACCGCUCCAACCUGCGGGCCCACAUGCAGACGCACUCGGCCUUCAAGCACUUCAGCUGCAAGCGCUGCCACAAGACCUUCGCCCUCAAGUCCUACCUGAACAAGCACUACGAGUCGGCCUGCUUCAAGGGGGGCCCCGGGGGCUCCCCCCCCGACACCACCGGCACCGCCAGCCCUGCACUCAACGCGGUGGAGGCCUGACCUGGCCUGACCACUCUCUCCUCAUC